GUUCAGACGGACAUUGAGAUCAGUAAGGAGGAAGACUUCGCCAGGAUCCUGCAGAUGGAGGAGGAGUACAUCCAGCAGAUCUGUGAGGACAUCAUCCGCCUCAAGCCAGACCUGAUCUUCACCGAGAAGGGAAUCUCAGACUUGGCUCAGCACUACCUGGUGAAGGCGAACAUCACCGCCAUCCGCCGCGUCAGGAAGACCGACAACAACCGCAUCGCCAGGGCGUGCGGGGCUCGUAUAGCCAGUCGGACAGACGAGCUGCGUGAGGAGGAUGUGGGUUUGGGGGCGGGGCUGUUUGAGGUGAAGAAGAUCGGUGAUGAGUAUUUCACCUUCGUCACCGAGUGUAAAGAUCCUAAAGCGUGUACCAUCCUGCUGCGAGGAGCCAGCAAAGAGAUCCUGGCUGAAGUGGAGAGGAACCUGCAGGACGCCAUGCAGGUGUGUCGUAACGUGCUGCUGGACCCCUUCCUGUUGCCAGGUGGCGGGGCUGUGGAGAUGGCGAUUUCGAAGCGCCUGACGGAGCGCUCCCGUGCUCUGACUGGCAUUGAACAGUGGCCAUACCGUGCUGUGGCUCUAGCUCUGGAGGUCAUCCCCCGAACCCUGAUCCAGAACUGUGGAGCGUCCACCAUACGAGUGCUGACCUCGCUGAGGGCCAAACACACUCAGGACAACAGUGUGAGUUGGGGUGUGGACGGAGAGACCGGCUGUCUGUCUGACAUGACGUCUCUGGGCAUCUGGGAGCCGCUCGCAGUGAAAGCUCAGACUUACAAGACCGCCGUGGAGACGGCCAUCUUGUUGCUGCGCAUCGACGACAUCGUCUCUGGUCACAAGAAGAAAGACAAAGAUGAUCAGAUGGGAGGACCAGGAGCCGAGUGAUCCACAUCAGUCCACAUCAGUCCAGAUCCACAUCACUCCGUGUGUCUGUCUGUCUGUCUCUGUCUGUCUGUGUGCGUGCGUGUGUGUGUGUGGGAACCAGGCGACUCAUCAAACAUAAUAAAAACGUGAAAAAGUGAUAAAGUUAGAACCACUUCCUGUUCUCCUGUUUUCACCUGGAUCCAAACGUCAGUUCUGUUUCUGUCAAAGUUCAUUUCUGAGACGUUGUUUUUUGAACUUUGGUCCAAUAAUGAAAAUCUGAAUAAGUUA